AUACAAGUGUAAGAUAUUGUGAAAAUUCAGACGCUAUAGUAAACUGUCGCAUUUGUUUAUUAUUUAUUUUUGUUGUUUAUCAAGUUCGCGUGUCCAAACGUUGUGGCAACAGUGGUAUCAUAGCGGUUUCUGGGUCAUUGCAUUCACAAACUAAACCAUGGCUCACCUACACCACAACUUCGACAUGAUCGAAGUUGAGUCUGACAGGGGGAAACCAAGGAAGAGAACCCAGUCGUGUCUGCGACAAAACGCCCUCACCAUAGCCACAAUGUUAGGAGUAGUCCUCGGCGCAGUUCUGGGCAUCAUCCUUCGAUACUCCAGGGAAAGUUGGACAGAUCGUGAAGUGGUUUAUCUCGGGCUUCCAGGACAGAUUUUUCUACGGAUGUUAAAGGCGCUGAUCUUGCCGUUGAUUGUUUCGUCGUUAGUGUCUGCGAUAGCAAGCUUGGACUUGUCCCUUUCGGGGAAAAUAGCCGCUAGGGCAAUAGCGUAUUACAUGACCACUACGUUCGCUGCUGUGGUGUUAGGUAUGGUUGUUGUGGUUACCAUGAGGCCAGGUGUGGGCCAUAAAACUAAGGACUCGGAUGCUAAAGAAGAAAAACGGGAGGUUUUAACUGUAGAUACCUUAUUAGAUUUAAUCAGGAAUAUGUUCCCACCAAAUAUAAUAGAAGCCACAAUUUUCCAAACUCGCACCAAAUUACAUCCAACCAACGUAAGCGGCACAGAUCUUUAUAAGUACAAAAUCGAUAAUGAAAUUAUCCAAAGUACUAAUAUCCUCGGUCUAGUGGUAGUAGCUGCCGCUUUAGGUAUAGCUAUAGCUCAACUAGGAAAGGAAGCCAAAGUUGUAGCUGACUUCUUCCACCAGAUGAUGGCUGUCAGUAUGAAAAUUACUUCAUGGGUGAUAUUUCUCUCUCCAGUUGGUAUCGUGUUUCUGGUAUCGUCCAAAAUACUGGAAAUGGAGGAUAUUGGUGAAACUUUAGGAUCAUUGGGAUGGUAUUUUGCUACAGUUAUGGUUGGACUGACGGUGCAAGGAUUCAUUGUUUUGCCAUUGUUGUACGUAAUCUUAACCAGGAGGAAUCCUAUUACGUUUAUUAAUCAUAUGUCAGAAGCUAUUGUCACGGCGUUUGGAACUGCUUCGAGUUCUGCCACACUUCCCAUCACAAUUCGAUGCUUGGAAGACAAGAACGGUGUGGACUCUAGAGUAGCCAGAUUCGCGCUUCCUAUAGGAGCAACCAUCAAUAUGGACGGAACUGCCCUUUAUGAAGCAGUAGCAGCCAUCUUUAUAGCUCAAGUAAGAAACGUUCCUUUGGAUUUUGGUACUUUGGUGGCCAUCAGUGUAACUGCAACCGCAGCUAGUAUUGGUGCUGCCGGUAUACCCCAGGCAGGUCUAGUUACUAUGGUUAUGGUGUUGGAUACCGUUGGGUUACCUGCCGAAGACGUUAGUUUGAUAUUAGCUGUAGACUGGUUAUUGGAUCGUUUCCGGACAGCAAUCAACGUCAUGGGUGACUCAUUCGGUGCCGGCAUUGUUUACCACAGGAGUCAGAAGGAACUGGGAAUGUUGGUAUCAACAGAAGGUAGCGCAGAGGAUCCACCAGACUAUAUCGACGGAGAAGCAACCACUGGAAAGAGCAAAUUGACGGAACACUUCCAAGAAAGCAUUCACUGAAUAUUCAAACGAUAAAUUAAAUUCUCCCGAAUAAAAUUGUUGGCGACAAAAGAGUAGUACUAAAGAACGAAAAUAAAAAUGAAACUGUAAAAACGAUAUAUCAAAAAUUGUAGUAGAUUUACAGGUUUAAAAUUUCAAUAAAAUGUACACCAGUGAAUAAGUCUAAAAAGACUGGACUAGGAUUAUUAAAUCAUAUUAGUACCAAAUGAGAAAUUUGGGCAUAAUUUAGUUGUGAUCUUAUUUGAUUCAUUUAUGUACACUUUUCUACGCGCGAAAGUUUAUACUUAAGUUCUAAUGUAUUUUCGUUAUUAGCUUUAUUAUAACUGGUUAGUCAUUGUACUAGUUUACAUUUUGUCUUCUGCUUUUCGCUCUGUUUGACGAAAUACAGUCUCGUAUUAGUUAUUGAAUCAUUUAUAACAAGAAAAUUGAUGCAUAUGCAUCGUUUUAUGUGAUCGUAAUAUCCUUGUAAAUAAUAAUCUUUAAUAAGCAAAACUAGAGAGAUGUUGGCAUUAAAACAAAACCAGAAAAUGUUAAAAAUACUUCAAAUAAACGAAAAAAUUGAUUGCUUUAGCCCGAGAGGAAGAUCAACACAUUUGACAAACCAGCUGGUUUUUCCAGACAAGGCAUCAAUGAAAUGAUGAAAACAACAAGAGUUUUAACUAGAUCUGUGUCAGAAUACUAUUGUUACCAAUGGAAUAUUGUGGAUGGUAAACGCAUGUACGCUGCUAUUGCACUUUUUUACCGUGAAUAUUAUUUUACUAAUAUGUCAACAAAUACAGAACAAAACGUACUGGUAUAAGAAAACGACGCAAACUUCAAUAAACAAGCCAGGUACCAUGUAUUCUGAGUCUGUCCAAAACAGUCCACUGCUCUAAUAACUGAAUACUAUUAGAAUUUAACAUUUCCAAUAGACUCAUUUUAACUAUCAAUGAAAAUAUAUUGAGAUAAUCUGAAUAUAUUGUAGAAGAGAAGGUGUUGACAGAAAGUAAACUAAAGACAUUGUAGCUAGCAAAAUUCUAGAGGAAGAUCUCUAUCAGAAUUGUCAGACCAAAUAAUGAACACGACUGGUUACUUAUUCUCGGAAACAAAAUAGCAUGCACAAGGAAGAUAUUAAUGCUUAAAUGAAUGGCCUAAGAUCAUUAUACCUUGGGAAGGAUAAAUAACAUAAGAGGAGCAGAAAAACAGAGAGUACCCAGACGUGAUCAGAUACUGUGGACUCAGUUAGAGAACGAAAUAUAAACUCUAAAUAACGAGAAAAAGUUGUAUUGACUAUGAAUUUACACGACCAGGGUGAUGUGUAGUGCAAAAAACUUGAAUCGUUUCAAAAGCAAGUGAAGAAGUUCAUGUACAAUGAAUGUAGCUUACAAGAAGCAAUUACAAACUGGCCUUGGUUUAUAGAGAAAGCUAGUGUAAAGAUUCUACGACGUAGAAAAAAGACACUUCAGGAAGAUCCCGUUUUCGCUAGAUAGACGGCUUGAACAAAAUCUGAGGAAGCUGUGAGUCAAAAGAGCGAGAAAAUAGUCUGAGGAUCUAUCCUCUUAAAAGGCAGACAAUAAUUGAUUAGGCCAAUUGUAUGCCUUUUGAGCCUCAUGAGUUGCAUCAACGCAGAGAAAUACAGGUAGUAAUAGGUGCUCUAGGCCUAUAAGGUACUGUAAAUAAACAAAAAUACGAGUUAGAAAUACAACAAUUUACAUUUGAGAAGCAAAUCAACAAGAUCAAAAGGAGUAACGUAGAAUGGCAAGAAAAAAUUAAGAAAAGUAUGCGGAAUCGGUCAUGAGCACGUUUUGUUGCCUACAAGAAGUAACAACAAGCUGGCCAUAAUUUAUGUAGAAGGCCACUGAAAAAAUUCUAGAGAGAUAUAUAAAGACAGCGAGCAAGAUCCUGUCUUCGCUAAAUAGACGUCUUGAACAAAAUCUGAGGAAGAUGUCAAUCAAAAGAUAGAGAAGAGUAGCUCAAAGUUGAUCCACUUAAAAGGCAGAUGAAGCUACCAUAAGCUGCUACCAAGGCGAGUGAAAAAAAUUAAGGGAGAUAGAAAAAAGACAUCGAGGAAGAUCCCUUCUUUGGUGGAUCGACGUCUUAAACACCACCUGAGGCAGCCAGCUGGAAAUCAUAAAAUAGAAUGGCUAAGGAAGUUGGUCAGACUGGAAGUUAUCAUAAGCUGUAGCGACGCAGAGAAAUAGUACCUAGAAUAAUAAGUGCACUAGACGACAAGACGUGCACUGAAAAUAAAUAAAAAUCAGUAUGAAAUAACAAAAUAAGAAAUUUGAGAAGCAAAACAAAAAGAUUGUGAGGAGACGAGAAAACUAUAUCCAAAACAAUUAAUUAAUGUGAAGAUAAGCCUUCUUAGGAACUGUAGAAAAUGUCCACCGGAGAAUCUUUUAUAGCAGGAGUACAUGGAUUCUUCAUCAAAAGUAAGCGCACUUUUUUAUGCUUAAUCGUUUUAACAAGAAACAAGGAAAAUAUUGCUAAACAUCAGAGAUGGAACAGAGGACUAGAAUCAAGAAUAAUAAAUGAAAAUAGAUUAGUACAAUCAAGAAGCAGAUAAGAAAAAUAUUGAAGACAAAGUAGAUAGUCUAUAAGAACAUAUAAGUAUAUUCACUACUGUAAAAACUACAACAAACAUUAAUUAUGCUGCAGUUUCAUCGCAUAAGUUUUGAAAUUUAUCGCCUCUGCUACUCUACUUUAAUAAAAAAAGAGUGCUGUAUUAUUUGGAACAAAACUUUGUAAAUUGUAGACACGCAAUUUAAAAUAUUACUCUAGAUAUUUAUUCUUGUAGCUCUUUUGUUCGCCAACUUUUCAUUCAGCGGUAAUAUAAAACCAUUUUAACAUAUUUUCAUGUCGCAAUCACAAACGAUCAAAUCGAAAUACUUUUGUAAUCAAACGAAGGUGUUAAUGUAAAUAUAUAUCUUGAAGAUAAUAUCUUCUAUUAACCACGAACUAUUUAAGGUGCUAAAUAAGUUGCAAUUAUUCCGUAUUAUUUAAGGUAAAAUUAAAUCGAAUUUUAAAAUACAAAGUUGUUAACAAUGUUGUAACGAAAUAAAAAUUUAAUAUGCAGUUAA